CGAAGACGUGGCGAUGUUAUCGUUGACAGGAUCGGUUUACUUUUAGCUGAACUCAACAAAGUGAACAAAGUCUGUUGCGGUCACGACGCUUACACUAACGCGAUAAUCUACGAGAAUGAACGCUGAAAUAGAUUCAUGGGGAAGUAAUGCGUUUAAUAGGCCUCGAUUACUUCUCAUUUUUAAAGGGACCGGACAUUGUAUUUAACGAUACUCUGCGUGCAAGUUAGCGCAUCGAAAAGUGUUGACUCUAGCAGAGAGAUAAUUUCCAAAAACCCCGCUAUGAGUCGCCACUUGACGAAGAUUCAAGAUCGUGAUACUGCUCAAUAAUAAGUCACUGCUUCAUAUAUGUUAAGUAGUAUAACUCAAAGAGCUGAUCAGCUAUUUUCCUUAUUGGCCGGCAGAAAAAAUUAUGGAGACAUCUCGUGGAGAAUUUGAAACGACUCUGAUUUAGCUGACGUAGCCGAUGCAGCAUCCUAACUGCUAACCCUAACCUGGCCUAAGAACUUUACCGGAUAUAAUUACUUGUACCGUGUGGUUUGGUUGAGUAAAACUAUAUUCAUCUACAAUAUUUAUUUUUACUGUCAUUAUGUCGUUUUUUAUAAGAAAUAAUCGAGGAGAUGGAAGAGUAAAACGCAAGUUCAAUGGUGCUCAAUCUAUAUCAAAACAAUCAAAGAAAUUUGCAAAGAAGCCUAUAUCUGAUGAUGAUGAAAGUAUUGCGAGUACAGAUGAAGAGUUUGCAGAAGAAAAUUUUAAAAGCAAAACUGAAAGAUUCGUGAGUGAGAGUGAGGAAGAAGAAGAAACUGCACAAGAAAAACGUAUUAGACUUGCAAAGAAGUAUAUAAAAGAAAUUGAAGAAGAAGAAAAAGAUAGAGCAGAAUUUGAAGAAGGUGCUGUUUCACAAAGAUUACACAAAGAAUAUUUAGAAGAGAAAGGUCGAUUAAGGAAAACUGUAGCAAUAUGUUACAUUGGUCACAAGGAUCUUAUCUCAUUAAAAUGUAAAGAGCACAAAACAUCCAUUACCUGUAUAUGUCUCUUAAGUGAUGGAAGUGUAUUGUACUCUGGAGCUAAAGAUGGGAGUAUAGUUAAAUGGUCAUUAAAAACACAUUCUAAAUUAAUAGCCCUUAAAGGGAAAAAAGUAAAAACAGAAGUUACUUUGAGCCAUUACAUACAGUGUUUAGCAAUUAGCACAGAUGGAAAAUUUCUGGUUGUAGGAGAUAGGGAUUGUAAUGAUAUAAAAGUACUUUGUGGCAACACUUUGAAACAUAUAAAAAAUCUACAAGGUCAUAGAGGUUCUGUGUCUGGAUUGGUAUUUCGCAAGAACACUCACACUUUGUACUCUGCUUCUACUGAUAGGAGUAUAAAAGUUUGGAACCUGGAUGAUAUGGCUUAUGUUGAAUCUUUCUUUGGACAUCAGGGUGGCAUCACGUCCAUCGAUGCGCUCUCACGAGAGCGUGCCGUCACAAGCGGUUUCGAUAGUAGUAUCAGGAUAUGGAAAAUAGUCGAAGAAUCGCAACUGAUAUUCAAUGGACAUAGCAAUAAUUCCAUCGACGAGGUUAAACUCAUUAAUGAGGAAAAUUUCUUCAGCUGUGGCAGCGACGGACAACUCUGCGUCUGGAGCUCUUUAAAGAAGAAACCGUUGUGCACUGUGACGGAGGCGCAUGGGAAGGAUGAAACUAAUAACCAAGCGCUGUGGAUUUCAAGCAUUGCAGCAUUAUUAAAUACAGAUUUAGUGGCAUCAGGUUCGCGAGACGGCAGCAUUAAACUGUGGCAAUGCGGCGAAGCAUUUAGAUCGUUAAAUCCGCUGUUUGAAGUUAAAAUACCAGGAUUUAUAAAUGCACUUGCUUUUACGCCUGACGGAAAUCAUCUUAUUGCUGGUGUCGGUCAGGAGCAUAGAAACGGUAGAUGGUGGCGAGUAGGAAACGUGAAAAAUUGUAUUGUUGUUAUACCAUUAAUACGUAAUGAAAAAACAUAAAUAAUUGACUGAUAAAUAGUUAUGUAUAUACAUGUAUUAUAUAUUUUUUAUCUUUAACCACUAUUUUUUUUAAUAAAAAAAUACCUCAGAUUUUAA